AUUCACGAGCACCACGUAUCCAAGCAACAGAGCAGCUGAUAAACACUUUCUCCUCGUCUCUUUCCGAGCGGCGGUGAUGUCGCUACAAAACGAGGUGUAUACAGUAUUUAUCCGAAUGUAUCUAGUACGUACUGAAGUAGCUAUAUAAUGUUCUCCCUAGCAGAAUUCAGCCCCAGAAGAAGAAGAAGAAGACAGAGUCCCAAACGAGGGAAACCCUGUCUUUACCCCCCACAAAUCACUAGUCGAGACAGCCCCUGCCAUGAUCACAUCUCCAGGUACACUGGAAGACAUGACUAGACCCCAGCAUCCAAUGUAUGUCACCACCUCAAAUGCUUAUGGACAGAUGAAGCCAUCAGUUCAGUCGGUUCCAACCAGUUUCCAUGGAAGAGUCCAGAAAUUCUCAGAGCACCUGAGCCAUUCUGGGAUGUACAGGAACCACUCCCUGAACACCGCCCGAGACCACACCCGAGUCUGACACACCCACCCCCUCUCUCCAGUAUUAUAAUAUGUACAUACAUAUACACACUCUCUCACUUGCACACUAUAAGUAUCAGGUUUAUCUCUCAAAAUCUCUGCGUAUACUCAUGAUCGAAAGUGUGGCUGAUUUGGCCACAUAGUGUACGUAAGA